AUGAAUGCACAAGUAGCCGAUGAACAUGUAUUUGUUGACUCAACGGUGGUUAAGAAAGCAGCACCUACGAACAAAGAUCCAAACGAUAUCAAGAUGAAGUUUCCACCUUCUAUUGAAGCUAAAGACUUGAUCUUGAAACCAAUUGAUGAUGAACAAGAAUCUCAUAACGAUACAGAUUCUUCUACGUCAAAUCAAUCACCAUUAUUUUCGUCACCGAUGUUACCAGAGAAGGAUGUAUUCAAUCCGACAGAUGAUAAUCAUAUUGAUAAUAAUGAUCGUUUUAAUGAUCAUAUCAUCUUUAAUAAUCUAACUCAAGAUAACGAAAUAAAUCCUUUUCCGUUUAAUAUUCCAUUAAACGCGUUAAACGCACUCGAACUUUAUGCUGCAGCAAGCGCUAUCGAUUUACAACAGACUUGGGCUAGUGAAGAUCUAAUAAAUCCGCAAACUUGGUCUAGUCCGGAGUUAUCGACGAGUAAUAGUUUCUCUCCAGAAAUUAAUGAAUUUAACGAUUUUAAUGAGAUUGGAGAAAUUAACGAAUCUUAUCCACCGCAUAUAAUACAUAACGAUUUUUUUAAUUAUGACGAAACAAUUAAUCAAAAUAUUUUUGAGAUAGACACAAAUACAUGUAUCAAUUAUAAUAAUGAGAUUAAUUCGAAUAAUCCAUUAUGGUUUCAACCUGGAAAUUUACCGCUAGGUUUAACCGAAGAAUCCAAUAAUAAUUCGUCGUUUUACCUUUAA